AGAGCUUCCGGGGUGAACUGGGCAGGACGGAAGAACUCAAAGGCAACUAAACAUGGCGGCGCAGACGCAUAAAAAUAACAAACCGGGGAAAUCAGGGGGGAAAGAAGCUCAGCCGCUGAUACUCCCCAAGACUCCGGCGGAGGAACAGCGUCUGAAGCUGGAGCGGCUCAUGCGGAACCCCGACAAAGUCGCUCCCAUCCCGGAGCGGCAGAAGGAGUGGGCCCCGCGAGCGCCGCCGGAGUUUGUCCGGGACGUGAUGGGCUCCAGCGCGGGCGCAGGCAGCGGGGAGUUUCACGUCUACCGCCACCUACGCCGCAGAGAAUACCAGCGGCAGGACUUUCUGGACAAAAUGGCAGCGAAGCAGGGCAAGGACGUGGACUACCUGAAGAAACUGGAGCAGAACCAAGUGGAGGCCGAGGAGCGAACGGCGAAGCGAAGGAAGAAGCGAGAAAAGCUGAAGCUCAAGAAGCUGUUGGCAAAGAAGGCUAAGAUGGAGGGGAAGGAGAAAAAAGAUGGAGACGAGGACUCUGACAGUAGUGGAGAGGAAGAACGGAAGGAGGAGAGUGGGGAAGAAGAGCAAAAAGAGGACGACGCUGAGACCCCGAGCUUCAUCAUGGGGAGGAAAUGAACAUAUGAAAGUACAGUGGCAGGAGUUAGCCUGGUCUCUAUGCAACUUAACACCUGCCCGGACCAUAAAUGGUUGAUUGAUGGAGAAACGUAUUGACUGGAUCCGUUGUACUGUUAAAUACAUAACUCCCUGAGUGGAUUUUAGCCAAUCACUUGAUUCGGUUUGGACACGUGAUCACACUCGCAAAACUGUCAAGCUGUUGGGUUUUGCCUAAAUUGUUCUCUCAUGUUUUGUUUUAAUAAAAAAAAAAAAACACUUUAA